AUGAUCCCUAUCUUCUUCGCGUUGGGUCUGUACAAUGGUACUGCCACGUUGCCGACGGAUCAUAUCCAGUCUGCGGCGCAGGCAGAUGGAUAUUCCGCGGCGUGGACAGUGCCGUUCGCUGCGCGCGCGUACAUCGAGAUGAUGAAGUGCUCGGGUUCGGCUGAGCCGUUGGUCCGGGUUCUGGUGAACGAUCGGGUCGUCCCGCUGCAUGGCUGUAAUGCCGAUAAGCUGGGUCGUUGUCGGCGUAGCGAUUUCGUGAAGGCGCUGAGCUUUGCACGGAGUGGUGGCGACUGGGCGAGUUGUUAUACUUCGUAA